UUGCGAUUUGGUGACUUUUUGGACCUGGUUCACUUUGUCUCCUGGUAGAGGCAAAGAAUCUAAGUCCGGCGACCAUGCCCAAGUUUGUCCCCCGUCAACGGAAGCAGAAGCACAGGCAAAAGGAGGCAACCAAUGCCCCGGUAGACACCAAUGUUGCCGAACUUGCGCCCGUCUCCAAGAGUGAGAAGGAUGCCAAACGGCAGCAGCUAAAAGAGGAAUUGCGAGCACAGCACGCUCAGAUUUCCUCGAAAAAGCAGAAGCGUUUGGAUAAGUAUAUUGAAAACAAGCUAAAGAAAGAAGAGAAUCUCGAACUUUUGAAGAAACUCGCUCAAUCCAAGGUCGACACUUCAGCCCUCCAGAGCUCAAGAGAACUAGGAAAGCGCAAGAGGCAAGAUGAGAGAGCGCCAGUAUCUGCAGUCGCGGACCAUGACUCCCGUCUGGAUUCAGAUCUAUCAGACGACGACUCGGAUGACUCGUUGCCUCCAUCGAAAGCAAUUUCCAGCGACUCUAAAUUGGAAGCUCCUGUGCAAAAGCCUGUGGAGGAUCCAGUGACUGGCAGCGGGCUGAAACGCCCCCUCGAACUGGGUCCGGAUGGGUUCCCGGUUCUCAAGAAGCGAAAGCAGGUCGCAAAGAAACCAGAAAUAACAAUUACGAUGCCAGAAGUGCCAUGGGAGGGCUUCGGUUCCGAAGAUGAAGGUCAAAGUGAAGAUGAUGAUGAGGCUUCGGAGAAGACAUCUGAGGACGGCUCAAGUGACGCUGAGAGCGGUAGUGACGAGGAUGAAGAGGAAGACGACGACGAAGACGACGACGGUAGCGAGGAGGAUGAAGAUGAAGACGAGGAAGAGGAUGAGGAGGAAGAGGAGAACCACAAAGUCGGCAAACCUCGACAAUCCGCUUUCAAAACUUGGGCUCGCCAGCAGAUCAAUGAUGCUGUUGGAUUCAAGCCUGCCACCGUCCCAGUCGUCUCGGAGCCGAUGCCAUUCAUCCCGGAACCCAAGAAGCCAGCAAGAAACACCGUCUAUGAGGAGGAGCCAUUGCCUCUGGAACUCCAGGUUACUAAAGGGGACCCCAACCGGAAAGCGUUUAGUGUCCAGGUUAACCGGUCAGAGGAAAUACAAAACGCACGCUUAGGACUGCCAGUGGUUGGUGAAGAGCAGAAGAUUAUGGAAGCAAUCCAUAAUAAUUCUUCAAUUGUGAUCUGGGGUGCCACCGGUUCCGGAAAGACGACGCAACUCCCUCAGUUCCUCUUCGAAGCAGGUUAUGGCAAUCCGAACAGCCCCAAUCCAGGCAUGGUUGGAGUGACACAACCGCGCCGAGUUGCUGCAGUCAGUAUGGCGAAACGUGUGGGCGACGAGCUGGGAGAAUUUUCCGAGCAAGUGUCCUAUCAAAUCCGAUUCGAGAGCACAGCAUCCAGCAAGACCGCGAUCAAGUUCAUGACCGAUGGUAUUCUAAUCCGCGAAAUUGCCGAAGACUUUUCCCUCAGCAAGUAUUCGGUUAUCAUAAUCGACGAAGCUCACGAGCGAAGUGUCAACACCGAUAUCCUCAUUGGAAUGGUCAGUCGUAUUGUUGACUUGCGAAAGGCCAUGCGUGAGGAAGACCCAUCUGUCAAGCCUCUGAAACUCGUGGUCAUGUCGGCCACCCUACGCAUCUCCGAUUUCACGCAGAAUCCCAAUCUCUUCCGCCAAGGACCGCCACCUUUGGUUCAGGCAGAAGGCCGUCAAUACCCUGUGACAGUGCACUUCUCCAGACGUACGCAUCGCGAUUAUGUCGAAGAGGCGUUCCGCAAGGUGUCGAGAGGUCACCGCAAGCUGCCUCCGGGCGCCAUGCUUGUGUUCCUGACCGGACAGAACGAGAUCCGACAGCUUUCCAAGCGUUUGAAGCAGGCCUUCAAACCGACCCAGCGCGGCGAAGCUACCCAAGCCAAGGUCCAGAUCUCUGCAAACGAUGCCCCACUUGAGGCGGAGGAUAUGGAGAUCGGCGGUGCAGAUCUGUCCAUUGCAGGCAACCAGGAGGAUGACGAAAGUGAUUUCGAAAUCGCUGGCCUGGAUGACGCUGAGGAAGACGAAGACGAGUUUGAUUUGGGCGAAGAGGCCAUGAGCUCAUCCACCCGAGUCCAUGUGCUGCCACUGUACUCUCAGCUCCCUACCAAGGAGCAGCUUCGGGUCUUUGAGCCCCCACCGGAAGGCUCACGGCUUAUCGUCUUGGCCACUAACGUGGCUGAGACCAGUCUUACCAUCCCCGGCAUCAAGUACGUAUUUGACUGCGGACGAGCCAAGGAGAAGCAGUACGAUCUAGCCACGGGUGUCCAGAAAUUCCAGAUUGAGUGGAUCAGCAAGGCCAGCGCCAACCAACGUGCUGGACGUGCUGGUAGAACUGGCCCUGGACAUUGCUAUCGCCUCUACUCGUCGGCGAUCUACGAGAACGAAUUCGCCGAAUACACCGACCCGGAGAUUCUGCGGACGCCCAUUGAGGGUGUCGUACUUCAGAUGAAGAGCAUGGGGCUUCACAACGUUAUCAAUUUCCCGUUCCCGACACCCCCUAGCCGCCAGGGUCUCGCGAAGGCCGAAAAGCUUCUCAAGAACCUGGGUGCACUCACCGCGGAAGGCAAGAUCACGUCAAUCGGUAACCGCCUGUCGACGUAUCCGCUGUCUCCACGGUUUGGCAAGAUGCUGUAUGUUGGACACCAGCAUGGCUGCAUGCCGUAUAUUAUCGCGCUCGUUUCGGCUCUUGCGGUGGGCGAUUUGUUUGUUCCUCAGAAUCAGAUUGAUCCUGUGCCCGCCAAGGAUGGCGAUGAGGGUAAAGGCGUCUACACGAACUCGGACCGACUUGAGGACACAGCCCGGGAGCAGCGCCACAAGGACUACGCGCGGGCCCAUCGCCUCUUCGGCAAGCACGAUGACACGUCAGACGCGUUGAAGUACCUGUCGGCGAUCUGCGCAUAUGGUUAUGCUUCUGACGGGGAUUCGUUCUGCGAGCAGAUGUUCCUGCGCGCGAAAGCCUUCAAGGAAGCCACACAGCUUCGUCGCCAGCUGACAGACAUCGUGCGAAGCAACAACCCGGGUCUGGUCCAAGCGUAUCAGGCACGCUUGCCCGAACCGUCCGAGAAGCAGGUCAAGGCGAUCAAGCAGAUUGUCACCGCCGGUUUCAUCGACAAUGUUGCCAUCCGCGCCGACCUUGCCCCGGUUCCCCCUGAGAUGCAUCGUACCCCCAAGCGAGCGAUCGACGUGCCGUACUUUACGCUCAUGCGAUCUCGCGAAGGACCAGGCAUGGAGCUUGACGACAAGGCUGUGUAUGUGCACCCGUCGUCUAUCAUUGCGCAGCUGUCGGCCAAGGAGAUGCCCCAAUAUAUUGUGUACUCCCAUCUCCAACAAUCGUCGCCUUCCGUCGUGUCGGCCGAUCAGACCCCCAAGAUCCGCAUGUAUCCGCUUGCGGCGCCCAGCGGACUGCAGCUAUCUGCUCUCGCGCACGGGACGCCUCUAAUUGAGUACGGCAAGCCGAUUGGCAAGACGGAAUUGAUCGAGGGCAUUCCCGAACGGCGAUCAUGCUGGGUCAUCCCGUCCUUGGUGGGCGAGGCUGGCGGAUCGCGGUGGCCGUUGCCAGCCAAGAAGGUGAUCCAACGAAAGGAUGCCAAGGAGGGCUGGGUGAUUGAAAAGUUUACCGCCUAAUGUAUAUAAUGGAUGCCAUAAAAGCGAUGAUAUAUACCAC